AUGGUAGGCGAGUUGAUGAGCGACCACUGGGUCACAUUGGACUCGGUCUCCGCAGGUGUCCAUUGCAUUCCAACCGAGUUUGUCGCCCCCUCAUUCGUUCGCCUGUCGCCUGCGUCUCCUGACGUCCCGCUAAGCCUCACCGUGAAAUUUGCCCUGCGCUACUGGGAAGGUAGCAUUUGCCUGUAUUCUUACCUGCGCACGGGCGAGUUCCUCGGUAACUUGGUGCGCCCAGUGCAUCCUCGACACUUCGUGCACUACCCGCCUCCGAGUCUGAGCGCCUCGCAGCCAUCCCCCGACACCCGCGCCCCCGUCCUUGAGGCUCACAUCGAUGUGACCUUCCCGCCUACGUGUACCAUGCUCGUGCAUAGCGUAGCUGACCCAGUAGGUUUUCCUGAGGAGGAGGAGGCCCGGGAGGAGGAGGGGAGUCCAUGGUCGCGGGCUACGUACGAUCGGCUGCGUUCGGAGCUGGGUGUCAGGACAGAAGUAGAUUACAUUCCUGACGCCAUACAUGGGCUCCUCCUCCUCGGGGUGGAGGUGCCAACUGUUGGAGGCUCAACCGGGAGCGGUAAAUUCCGUUAA